ACAAGUCAACGAUGUGACUAAUUAAAGUACCUGAACAAAUUUUAGAUGGCGUUUUCAAAGCCAGUAAGUCCAGGUGUUGUACCGGACGUACCAGUCAUAGCCCAGCAUUAUUUAGUGUGUGACACUGAAGACUGUGAGAACAACUGCCAGUUUUACUGCAAUCCUUGUCACCAAAAGUUGUGUGAACAAUGCAGCAAUGAACAUCAGAAGAGUCCGGCCACUAAAACUCAUGAAGUAGUCCCUUACCGACAACGUAUACGAAAGUUUCCUCUCGAGAAAUGCAAAGAUCAUCCGUCUAAAGAUAUUGACAUGAUUUGCGAAAACUGUCAGGUUGCAGUAUGUUCCAAAUGUUCGAUAAAAGACCACCGAGGGCACACUUUUGACGACCUAGAGACAAUUUAUUCAAAGAACUUUACUCUCUGCCUCGACGAAAUCUACAACGUAAAUCAAUAUUAUCUCCCAACCUCACAAGAUUUGAAAAGAGAUAUUAAAGAAGAUAUUUUGAAAUUGAGAGCGUGUAUAGAGAAAAUAAGAGCAUCCAUAAAAGCUGAAGCAGAGUCAGUUAAACGUCUAGUGGAAAAAGCGAUGUCGGACAAUUUAGAACAAGCCAACGAAAUGGAGGAGACCCUAUUGGAAAAGCUACAGAGUCAAGACAAAGCCUAUGACGAAUACAAUGGUUACCUUGAAAACCUUGUAAAAAAGUUCCAGGGCUACCUGUCUUAUGAUAAAGUUCAAAACAAUUCAAUCCUUUUUUCUCUCUCAGAAGUACUUAAUAUUAAUCCCAUACCUAAGUCGACAGAACCUGUUUAUCCAGUAUUUACUGCUGCUGGUCAAUACAGCAAGAAUGAUGUCGCUAAACUACUGGGUACAGUAAUUGUUCCCACCACUAAACCAGCAUCUAGAAAAAUAAAACCAAUGGACAUUACUUCAACAGAGUUGAAACCUACAAGAAAACUGAAAGAAGCGGACGGAGAUGAAUUAGAAGAAAAUCAAAAACUUUCUCUGUCUUCCUCUGUCACCAACGUCAAAGAGUACAUAGUCCCAGGUGUUAAUGGUGUAUAUCAUAUAUCAGGAGGUAAAUCAGGCAUACUUUGGGCCAGUGAUGCAAGUGGCAACCUUGUUCAAACUGAUCUACAGGGGAAACAGCUACAGAUGAGAAAAACAAGCGGUAAAGAUGAAGGCUACCACACAGUCACACAGGACGGGGAUCUGAUCUUUACAGACAGAAAGAAAUGUAUCAUCAACAGAAUAACGCAUGAAAAAACAAUUGCUGAAUUCAUUACAACGAGAAGGUGGGUACCACUCAGCAUACAUACAUCUCAUAUUAAUGGGGAUAUACUGGUUGGAAUGACCACGUGCAAGUAUUUGAAUGGUAUGGUCGCCAGGUACAACAAAACAGGAAACGAAAUACAGAGCAUAGAGAGGGACAACAAAGGACAGGAACUGUAUAGUGGAUAUCCACACUACAUCACGGAAAACAUCAACGGUGAUAUCUGUGUAUCAGACUAUUGCAAUCAAGCUGUGAUAGUGGUGAAUAAAUCAGGACAACACAGGUUUUCCUAUACAGGUCAAGAGUCAGAUAUUCUUCCCUCUGGUAUCUGUACUGAUAUCCUCGGUCACAUCAUUGUCUCUGAUAUCAACAGUAAACCAGUUCAUCUUCUGGAUCAGGACGGUCAAUUGUUAUCUCUUCUAGAUACGUCCCAAAAAGGUAUAGAGAAUCCGCUUUGUGUGUGUGUGGACGAUGAUAACAAUCUUCAUGUAGGACAUGGUGACACUAACACAGUGAUAGUGUACAAAUAUCUUCAAUGAGCAUCAUUUGUAAGAGCAGCAUUCCUACUAGCCUAUAUUCAUCGGUAUGCCACUGAAAUCAAACUCGAUUAAACAUAAACUGAAAUUCCUUUUGUCAAGAGAUCUAUAUCAAUUGAGUGUCAUUACAGGUGAUUCAUUUGUGCUCACAAUGAAAAGUAGAUGUAAUGAACGCAAUAUAUUAAAACUUUUGCAUUAUCAUAUGUAAAAUGUUUUACAUGUAUAUUUCAACUAAUUGGUCUGAUUAUUGUUAUAUCUUUUACAUUGCAAUUCAUUUUCAGAUGUCAGAUUUUUAAGGAAACUGUAUCACUUAUCAGAAUUCAGAAGGAUUUUACAUAAAAGAAUAUUGUAUUAUAUGGUCAACAUAUACCUUUUCUAUGCAUACUGAAAUGCAUCAGUUAAAUCAAUACUUGAACUUAUCUUCCAUCUAGGAAACAAGAUAGGUUUUAUCAUUCCAUCUAAAAUUCAAUUUCAAAUUAUUUAAACAAGUAUCAAAAACCGAAAAUUAGAAAAUUAAAUGCUUAUAUAAAAAAAACAAUUUUAAACCCUUAAUGUGAAAGUUUUAGAAUCAAGGUAAAAAAAAGAAAAACGAAAAGCAUUUUCCCAAAAUUUAUAUAAUUGAUAUAAACUUCAAAUAUCAAAAGUUGAAAAAUAAACCUUUUAAAGGAUAAGAUUUAAAUUUAAAAAUGGCCAGAGGAGGAACAAAAUUUGAGUAUAAAGUUCAGUUGCCAGGAUGUCAACGGAAAGCACCC